AUGUCUGAAGUCGAAUCGUCAGAUCCUGCUCUAAAAGUCUCCGAAACUCUGGAAGAAUCAUCCGGAAUUGACUCGGAUCGAGUCCACAUUAAAAAUAUCCCGACUUUUAUUGGAUUCAAACAGUUCAAAAAAAUUCUGGAAAAGUGAAUUUAUUUAUUUUUUAACUAGUAAAUCAAUAACCGUCUUUCUGCAGGAUCCUCGGUGAUGUCAGGUCUAAGAAAGUCCGCCACAUGGCCGAUUACGCGUACGUCACGUUCGAAACUCCCGAAGACGCCCAGAAAGCCAUCAAACUGAUCGAUAAAUAUGAUUACAAGAAACACGUGCUCAGUGCUCAAUUGGCCGCCACCGAAGUGAAGAAUUUACGAGCGCCAAACGUCGAGAACACGGAACCGGCCCAGCAGAAGACUGCCCGGGAGAGUGUCACUCCGUUGGCUGACAAGCCGUACGAAAAGCAACUUGAAUUGAAGCAGGCGAGCAGUUUGAAGUGAGAAAACAGCAGAAACCACCGAAAUACGUAUACUUUGCAGAGUAAUGGACAAACUGUACACUCAACUGAACAACAAUCGAGUGGUGGGCUUGGGAAAGCAGGCCGAGUUCCGCAAAAGACUCGAGACAAUUCUGCCGGCUCCGAAGACGAAAGGAUACCGGAACAAGUGUGAAUUCACGAUUGGCCAUGACCUGAACGGAGAUAUCUGCGUCGGAUUCGUCGGAGGAAGAUUCGCUAAGAAUCAGCACUUUGUUAUUCCACCCAUUGACGUCGACAUCGUCAGUACGCAGAUGAUGGCGAUUGUGAAAGAUGUGCACGAGUUUGUGAAGGAGACCGGAUUGCAGCCAUUCAAUGAAUUCGAACGAGUUGGAUUCUGGCGGAUGUUGACAAUUCGAGAAUUCGGCGGAGACGUCAUGCUCAUUUUCACUGUGUUUCCGCAAGAAGAGGCCUCGAAAACUGAAGAGAUUAAGAAGAAGAUCGAGGAGAGAUUCUUGGCAUUUACCACGUUCGAUGAAAAAAAGUACCGCGUGUGCAGCGUUUACUGGCAGGAGAUGGUGCACAUCAGCGACGCUCCCAACUUCCAGCACAUUGGAGGGACUCCGUACAUUUACGAGAGCCUACUCGACUGCCGCUUCCGAGUGUCUCCUCCGGCAUUCUUCCAAACGAACAGUCAAGCCGCUGCGACACUCUACUCGACAAUUGGCGCGCUUUGUGGUUUAGAGGAGAAGGUAGUAGAAGAAAAGAAAACGCAGCAGGCUUCUGUCCCAGAAGUGUCGGCUGCUUCAGAUGUUGAAAUGACAGACGAGACCACAUCAGAUGAACCUCCUGCCAAAAUCGUAAAACUAGAAACUGAAACUGAAACUGAAAGCGUGGUGGUUCUAGAAGACCACGGAACGGUUCUCCUCGACAUUUGCUGCGGAACCGGAACUAUCGGACAGUGUCUCCUAAAACCCGUUCACAAAGAGCAGAAAGUGUGCUGUGUCGGCAUCGAAAUGAUCGCAGAAGCCGUGGAGGACGCGAAGAUGAACUCGAAGCAGAACAAGAUGCAAGACUGCUGCAAGUACAUUGCCGGAAGAGCAGAAGACGUCUUCCGGUCGAUGAGGUACCAUCUGCCGUCGCCGUUCGAUCUGCGAAAGUCGCGAGUGGUCGGUGUGCUGGAUCCGCCGAGAGCCGGAAUGCAUGAGAAAGUUAUUUUCGCGUGCAGAGAGGUCUGAGUUAUUGAGUCGUGUUUAUCUCACUCUGUUUUUCUUUCAGAUGGAAACCAUGAGGCGCUUAAUAUUCGUAUCUUGCGAGCCCAACGCCGCCAUCAACAAUAUUGUCAAUCUGUGCCGUCCUUCGUAAGUUGCACUGCACAACCACCACAUCGUUCUUAUCGUCAUUGUCAUCACAAUCUACAAAUGAUGAGAAAACAUUUUGCGUGUUUUGUAGUAGUCUCUUGUUUUCUCUGCGUCUUCACUCUAAUUCUCCGCGUCUUUCAGUUCGAGAAAAUACGGCGGCGAUGCGUUUUCGGUGACGAGAGUCCAGCCAGUGGACAUGUUCCCGCAAACAAACCACAUGGAGUGGAUUAUUCAGCUCGAUCGAUAA